GAAAUCUCUGAGUUUCCUCGCCACAUGGUUCAAGCGGGAGUCCAAGAAAGUUAAAACAAACAUCGAAAAGUUGUGAAAGAAGAAGAGAAAUGCAGGGAACAGCUUCAAAAUCUCCGUUGAAUUACUACGAGGAGAAUGAUGGUGGAGAACAAAAAGAAACAGGAACGAAACUCAAGGAAAAAGAAGUUGGUAACGAGAUUGAUGAGAUAAGUGAUCGGUUUCAGCGCACGAAGCGUGAAACAAGUAAAAGAGAGCUCUCCUGGGCAAAGCAUGGUCUGUGGAGGCAAGAGCAGAAGAGCAGAGCAGCUAAGCUAGAGAAACAGCUCAAAGCACGAAGGGAACUUGAGGUGCUAAUUGAGGAACAACUGAACAGGUUUCAUGCGCAUUACAACCAUGCCAUGGCCCCAAGUUAUCUCGAGGAUGUGUCACAACUCCUCAUGCCACAAUGUGUAGCUCCCCAAGAGCUGGCCAUCAUUUCCUGGCUUGGUGAUUGGAGACCAUCUGCCAUUCUGGAACUCCUGCAUGGCCUGGCUCUUUCAUCUUUCUUAUCAGACUCAAUUGAUAUGGAACAUGUCCUAUCUCAGAUUGUCCAUGAGAUACGUAUUGAGGAGGCAGUAAUUGAUGAGGAAAUGGCUGAGAUUCAAGCUACAUGUGUUCUCCACCUUCCCUUUGCCCCAGUGAAAAGCAGUAAGUCAGGUGGUUCUGCCUUGCCUGAUAUUCGAGUUGAGUUCAAGAAGAUUGCUCGGGUUGUCACCAAGGCUCAAAAGCUCAGGUUCAAAGCAUUAGAGCUGGUGGUGAAGAAGGUGCUGAACCAAACUGAUGCAGCAAAGUUCCUGGUGACCUUAUCAGGAAUUCAAGAUGCUAUCCACCAGUUUGCAGAGCACCAGAGGUUGCGAAAGGGGCCAGUUACUCUGUCUGUCAAGCCUCCGGAUGUAGUUGAGACUUCAAAGCAGCUAAAGAUUCGCUUAGAAGACAGAAUCAGUUUUUGGGAGAAGACUAUCCUGAGCUCAGAACAAGAGAGGAGUGGCCAAGGAAUUCAAGAUGCUAUCUACCAGUUCGAAAAGCAACAGGGGUUGCGAACGGGGCCAAUUACUCUGUCUGUCAAGUCUCAGGAUGUAGGUGAGACUUCAAAGCAGCCAAAUAUCCAUUAGAAGACAGAAACGGCUUCUGGGGGAAGACUACCUGGGCUUAGAACAAGAGAGAAGUGGCCGUGAGCAAUGAAUGCCUUUGGAAACUGACUAUGUUUAACAUCACACUCUUUGUUGUAUCUAAAGCAAUAUGGCAUUAUAGGUUCCGUUUGCUACAAUUGUAUAAAAAUCUUCUUCUUUUUUUCUUGUCUUGGUUGGACAACAUUGUCUUUCCUUAGAACAUGUGAGGAAUUUAAUUACACAUUUACA